AUGCCUGCCAUCCUUAUGAACCCUUUAAGUGUCCCGGUGAUGGAAAUUGUAUAUCAAUUCAAUAUCUGUGCGAUGGUGCUCCGGAUUGUUCGGAUGGUUAUGAUGAGGAUGCAAGAUUGUGUACUGCAGCCAAACGUCCACCGGUAGAAGAAACCGCAUCAUUCCUGCAAAGUUUACUGGCUUCACAUGGACCCAAUUAUUUGGAAAAGCUCUUUGGCAGUAAGGCUCGUGAUGCCCUCUCCCCCUUGGGUGGUGUAGAAAAGGUGGCCAUUGCCUUAAGUGAAUCGCAAACGAUUGAAGAUUUCGGUGCAGCAUUGCAUUUAAUGAGAUCCGAUUUGGAACAUUUACGCUCUGUAUUUAUGGCCGUGGAAAAUGGCGACUUGGGUAUGCUGAAAUCAUUGGGCAUCAAAGAUUCGGAACUGGGUGAUGUGAAGUUCUUUUUGGAGAAAUUGGUCAAUACAGGUUUCUUAGAUUGAGUAGCACCAGAUCCGGCUUCUGGAUUUUAUUAUGCACAUGCCCAACCCAUUAAUCCAAGUUUUUAUUCAUAUUUAGGCACACCAUAUGAUAGCUACU